UAUGAUAGAGCUUUAUUCCUCUUUAGAAAAAAUGUAUCCCUUAAAUCAUAAGUUUAGUGAUUGUGAAUUACAAGCAUGGAAUGCAAUGCUAAGAGCUGUGGGUUGUACAAAUAUCACUCCUUUCAGUAAUAAAAUUUCACCUGUUUUGGACUAG